AUGGCCUCAUCUUCAGAUACGGUUGGAAUUCCCACACCGUUUGUCGUAGACGCACUAUCAGAAGUUGGAAAGAGCUCCUCUGGUUACGUUCACAUAAGAAACCAACAACGUAAUGGCAAGAAGAGUUUAACAACUGUACAGGGACUCAGUGCUGAAUUUGACUUAAAAAGGUUAUUAAAAGCGUUCAAGAAGAACUUUAGCUGUAAUGGGACAAUAAUUGAUGAUCCAGAGCAUGGACCAAUUCUUCAAAUUCAAGGAGAUCACCGACACAACGUAGCAAGGUUCCUAGUUUGCGAGAAUAUUGUUAAUUCUGACGAAAUAAAAAUACACGGAGCUUGA